AUGGCAUUUAUUUAUACAACUUUAGUAAUAAUAGGAAUAGUUUUAUUUUCUCCUGUUGUAUUACCAGUCCUGUUUUUGGGGGGGUUAUUCUAUGACUUCUUGAAAUCAGAAUUGCCACCUGGCAUUGACCAGCCUCUAAAGCUUCGUUUUUUCCACUCACUGUUGAUUUCCACCAUGGUCGCGGGAAAGAUUUUGGAGAAGCUAGGAAUCUGCAGUGACUUGAGCUUAUUGCGUUUUGUGUUAGACGGAAUACCACCAUGGAGAGAUUCAAAACUCCUUAUCAAAGAUCUCAAAGUAGAUGAAGUACCACUGAGGAUUUAUCAGCCGAAAUGGCCACCCACUGGCAAAAGAAAAGGAAUAUUGUAUUUCCAUGGAGGCGCUGGCACGUUUGGGAGUAUCAGAACUUUUGAAAGAGUAUGCCGCUAUAUUGCCAGAGAAUGCAACUCAGUGGUUGUGUCUGUUGGUUAUCGUUUGGCUCCUGAGCAUCCAUAUCCAGGGCAAUAUUUUGAUUGUCUCACCGCUACCUUGUACUUUAUGAGGAAUUUAAAAGAGUAUCAUGUGGAUCCUGCCCUCAUCAUCAUUGCUGGUGACAGCUGUGGAGCUAAUUUUGCUACAGUUAUUUGCCAAAUACUACUGAAUAAAAGAGAUCUUCCAGAAGUACAUGCUCAGAUCUUAAUUUAUCCAGGACUCCAGGGGAUAGAUUUUCACCUGCCUUCAUAUCAGCAGAAUGCUUCAGUCCCUAUAUUGUUUCGGAAGUUAGUUAUCUACUUUUGUUUUCGUUAUCUUAAUAGAAAACCAUCAUAUCUGGAUGAUAUCCUACAGAAUUGCCAUGUCCCUGAGAGUAUGAAACUGAAGUAUAAAAAAUGGGUAACUGCAGACAAUAUUCCCAGAGAAUUUAAGAUCAGAGGCUACAAACCACAGAAGCCUACUUCAUAUAAACCUGAAGCUCAUGAAGCAAUCAAAGAAGUGUUGGCAAUACCAUUUUCCCCACUUCUAGCUGAAGACUCCAUUAUUUGCCAGCUCCCUGAAUCUUUUAUUGUGACCUGUGAGUUUGAUGUGCUUAGGGAUGAUGGACUGUUAUACAAGAAGCGAUUAGAGGACAAUGGUGUCCAAGUAACCUGGUAUCACUCUGAGAAUGGUUUCCAUGGAAUUUUAAGCUUCUUUGGCUAUGGGAUUUUUUCAUUUUUAUCUGGGAAAAAAAUUAUGGAUAAUAUUGUGAAUUAUAUAAACAGUUUAUAA